CAGUGAGCAAGUAUAAUAAGGCUGACUCAGCUGGCUAUAAGCCCUUCCACGUCAGCCAAAUCACAUUUGGAGGGGAGAGAAAGAGGGAGAGAGAAGCGAACGGGCGCUUCGUCAAGCGCCGGGCUGCAGCACAAGAUACGAGAGCUUUGCGCCCGCUUGCAGCCCGUGGCGAGCGCUAGAGCCGGCGCUCUCGAUCCCCUGCGCCUCUCCCGCCUCCGGCGCUUCUCCUUCCUCCUUCGCGCGCGAAAAUCAGCCCAUGCCGUCGCCCCAAAUAGCUUCCUCGCGCCAAAUCAAGCCUUCCAAAUUUCCCCAAAUCGCCACCUCUCCCGAACCCUAGAACUUUCGCCGGCGCACAUCAAGGAGAUGGGUCAGCAGUCCAAACGGACGCGCGCGCCGGCACCUCAUGAAGCCCCUCCACCAGCGCCUCUGCUCACCCCGCCGCCAGCGCAUCUCCUGGUCCCGCCGCCGGCGCAUCUGCUGGUCCCGCCACCGGCGCAUCUGUUGGUCUCGCCGGCGCCUAAGUCCGCCCCGCCGCCGGGGAUCCCGUCGGCCUUCCCUUCAAAGCAGAGAACAAGCACUUGGAUCCCCACAAGACCACAAGAGUCUCUGGCGGCUAGUCUGCGGCAACCAAGUGAAUCGGGUCCUACGGCUCAAGGUCCUUGCUGGGCACCGCCUGCUUGCAUCGGUGACUCUACAUCACCUUGAUACAUCGCUGGCAAUAUGGACUACUCUGAUCCACAAGUAUGGGGAGUGGAUUCUCACCCACCUGGUGGUUACCUUAGUUACUUUCAGAACACGGCAUUGAUUGCUAGGAAGUAUUGAUUGCAUGCAUUGGCGAUGGGAGAAGUGUCCUCUUGCAUGGAGGGGGCAAUUCACCCGCGGCGAUUAUGGAGUACCAACGAUGAUCCUAGAAGCCGUUGCUUCCCAGGACCUUCGUAUUUGGCAUGCUUUUUUUGGAGUUGCUGGGUCAAAUAAUGAUCUGAAUGUGCUCAAUCAAUCCCCACUGUUUUUUGAUGCACUGAAAGGAGAAGCCCCUCAAGUCCAAUUUUCUGUCAAUGGGAAUGAGUAUACCACAGGUUACUACCUUGCUGAUGGUAUAUACCCAGAAUGGGCUGCCUUCAUGAAGACUAUACCACUUCCCCAAAUAGAGAAGCACAAGUUGUUUGCCCAGAAGCAAGAAGGGGCAAGGAAAGAUGUCGAGCGCGCUUUUGGGGUAUUACAGUUCCGUUUUACCAUUGUCCGUCGGCCUGCACGUCUAUGGAAGAGAAAGAGUGUUGGAAGGAUCAUGAGGGCUUGUGUGAUUCUCCACAAUAUGAUAAUCGAAGAUGAGAGAGAGCAGGCAAAAAUUCAUAUUGACUUGAAUGAGAUUCCGGGGGCUUCAUUUGCUCUACCUCCCGAAGUGAAUGUUGGUGGAGUGAGCUGUGAUGUGGUGAUUGCGGCAGCUGUUACUUAUAGUGGUUGAAGGUUAUUGAUGCAAAUGAGUGGUUGCUCCUUUCCAGCGAAGUACCCUCCAUGCUUUGUGACUUUUGUCAUCGUCCAGAUCAAAACUAUGAUUGUUGCUUGUGGUCGUGAACGGCUUGUUUGCCGGAGAUGUUAUCUAUUAUGUUUGCUGAAUGCUUUCUUAAAGACUUAUGUAAUCUUAAGUAAUUACUCAUGAUGCUAUGGAGUAGUAUGAUGCUGUGUGA